GAGAGCAGCAUUUCCUGCUUUUGUAAUUGACAGGUUCUGUCUCCGCCCACUCUCCUGGAGGCUGCUGCUCAGUGCGGCUACUCAGCCAAGCUUAUCUCUCCUCAGCACUCCUCUCUCUCUCUCUCUCUCUCUCUAGGAUGGCCAUGAAUCUAUCAACCCUGACGAUGGAGGCAAAUCCUAGUUGGGCAGCUCAAAGGAGCAGCUUUAAUGGCGGAGGAAUGCCGGUAAUUCAGAGAUCUCGACUUCCCCAUACUCGGAGGGUCGUCGUUUGCUCUGUGAAGUCGGCCGCAUCAUCCUCCCAAAUGGUCGUCGCGGCGGAGAAGGCGGCUGCUGAGGCGCAAAGUCGAAUCGGGUCGCUGAGUCAGGUGGCGGCUGUGUUGGGUUGUCAAUGGGGCGACGAAGGCAAAGGGAAGCUCGUCGACAUCUUGGCCAAGCACUUCGACAUCGUCGCUCGCUGUCAGGGUGGAGCUAAUGCUGGACACACUAUCUACAAUGCAGAAGGCAAGAAGUUUGCUCUUCACCUUGUUCCUUCAGGUAUUCUUAAUGAGGACACCUUAUGUGUUAUUGGAAAUGGAGUUGUGGUGCAUCUACCUGGACUAUUUAAGGAAAUUGAUGGCCUUGAAUCCAAUGGGAUCUCCUGUAAGGGAAGGAUUUUGGUGUCUGAUCGUGCUCACUUGUUAUUUGAUUUCCAUCAAGUAGUGGAUGGGCUUAGAGAAUCUGAGCUUGCUAAUUCUUUCAUUGGAACUACGAAGAGAGGCAUUGGACCUUGUUACUCAAACAAGGUGAUCCGGAAUGGGAUAAGAGUGAGUGAUCUGAGACAUAUGGAUGUUUUCCCCCAGAAGCUUGAUCUUUUAUUAUCAGACGCAGCUUCAAGAUUUCAAGGUUUUAACUGUGGCCCGGACAUGCUCAGGGAAGAAGUUGAGAAGUACAAGAGAUAUGCUGAAAGAUUGGAACCCUUCAUCGCUGAUACUGUGCAUGUCAUGCAUGAAUCCAUCUCUCAAAAAAAGAAGAUUUUGGUUGAAGGUGGUCAAGCUACUAUGUUAGAUAUUGAUUUUGGAACUUACCCAUUUGUAACAUCUUCUAGCCCAUCAGCGGGUGGGAUCUGCACUGGUCUCGGCAUUGCUCCUAGAGCCCUGGGUGAUUUAAUUGGAGUGGUUAAAGCUUACACUACAAGAGUUGGGUCAGGUCCUUUCCCAACAGAAAUCUUGGGUAAAGGUGGUGAUGUUCUUAGGUUUGCUGGACAGGAGUUUGGCACAACUACUGGCCGUCCACGACGUUGUGGCUGGCUGGAUGUGGUUGCACUGAAGUACUGUUGUCAGAUUAAUGGAUUUUCGUCUUUGAAUCUCACCAAACUUGAUGUUUUGUCGGAUCUUCCUGAAAUUCAGUUGGGGGUUUCAUACAAGCAGAUAGAUGGUACUCCAAUUAAAUCGUUCCCUUCAGAUCUUCGCGUUCUUGAGCAAUUAAAGGUGGAAUAUGAAGUUCUGCCUGGGUGGCAGAGUGAUAUUUCUUCCAUCAGAAACUACUCCGACCUUCCGAAGGCCGCACGUCAAUAUGUGGAGAGGAUAGAAGAACUUGUUGGUAUACCCAUCAAUUACAUUGGUGUUGGGCCUGGACGGGAUGCCCUUAUAUUCAAAUAGUUUUUUUUGUUAAAUAUAAAAUUUAUCGUCGGAUGUUCUUGAGUGAUUCUCAUAACAUGGGAGGCAAGGUGAAAGCUUCUGGUCUUUAGAAGAAUCAUACCCCCCUCCCCCCCUAAAGAAGAUGUGGGACCAUUUUUUUCUUAUAGGAAAUUAUCAAUCUGUUUUGUAGGCUGGUGAUGUAACAAUUAUGGAUUCUCCUACCAUGGAAGCUGGAUAUUUUGAUAUUUAUAAUUGUUUUGAGCUGUUUUGGGGAUUUUGAUUUCCUCUAUUAUGAGUCUGCAGAUCAUGUGGCAUUUUGAUAUCCUAUAAUUUGGAUGAAUUGGAUGCUUUGAUA